AUGUCCUCAAACGGUAUUCCCGAAGUGUUGAUGAAAAAGGUCGAUGACUACGUCGACUCGCUCGCCCCUCAGAUUCAACCCCGCAUUGCUUCUGAACUUGAGCUCUUCCAACAGAAGACCAUCGACAGUCUUGAAACGCAAGUCAUUGAUGCCUUCCGCUCGCUUUUCAAUAAAGACAAGGCAGUCUCAUCGGACGGCAGCCGAGGCCCGUGGAAUUUGAAUGAUACAGCACCAGAUGCCUACGGCGGCCAGUCUCUUCCAUUUGCUGACGAGAUCGCCAAGUUGACGCGGAGCUUCAGCCAAAUCUCCGAUGAAGCGGGGAGUGAUUUGCGCGAUAUCUUUAACCUUACCGAGGGACGCGGUGAUACAAACCAGAAUCAGUCUCGGGAUCUCGGUGGGGAUGGCGACUUCUCCUCCAGAGCUCGUGGCUUCCUUUCCUCAGCCAUCAACGCCGUCCAAGAUAAUUUGGACAACGACGAACAAGGUUUCGGGGGCCAAAAUUUCGAGAUUGGAGGACUCCUUGGUAUAAUCAGUGGAACUAUUAAGGAGGCUUCUCAGAAUCCUGAGGAUAAGGCUCGACUCAUCAGCCCUGAGAUCAAGCAGACAGUCGGUGAUAACCUACGCAUGCAGCACGCACCCAUUGCGGAGCAGUUUACCCGUAUAGCGCUAGAUCACAUCAAACGCUGGCUACGCGGAAACACAACCACACGUGAUCUUGGAGACGGUGCCAAGGCUGAGAUUGCAGACCAAGUAGGCGUUCUGGUGAAGGGUCUUGGUGGUUUGUUCGGGAACAAAAAAGCUAGCAAUGAGAGCUCGGACAGAAGCUUCGGGGAGUCGGGUCGUGAUGGUCAAGAGCAAGGCAGUGGAGGCUUUUCUAGCGUGAUCAGUGAGAAACUCAGCACGGGUCUGGCUAAGGUCCAUAGGGAAGUCCGCCUGGAGUUCCGCAAAGUACUCGGUGAGAUCGAGAAGCAGCUGUUCGAACUGUUGCCCGAUCAAUUUCAGGGUCCGUUGGAGAAGAUCCUCGGCGGCAAUCCUUUCGACUCGCAACUCGAUCGCGACGCAUCUGGUCAAGCGGACCGUGGGUUUAGCGAUGACAUCAAGGCCAAGCUCCUUAACAAGAUCCGCGCUCUUGUGCAGAAGGUCCAGGAAACGCUGCGAGAGAGCAUCUUGGGUGUUGUCAAUGGGGGUCAUCGCAAGUUCGAGCGUGAGAGCUGGGUCUUCGUGCAGGCUAUGGUAGAGCAGAAGGUCCAGAGAUACCUGCCUGAUGUGAAGAUCAACGUGCCAGAUGAUAUCGGAAACGAGAAUGUCAGUGUGGGAACACCAACUUCAAGUACGCAGACGGGUUGGGGGAACCAGGCUUUCACCCCACCAGCGGAAUAUCGUCCGGACCCCCAACGAAAUACCUAUAGUGAGCAAGGGUCUGGCCAACAGGGAUACAACAAUUCUCCGCAAUACCAUGAUGGGCCGAGUCAGUCCUACCCAGACCAUCCGUCUGAGCAGUACCCCUCCGGAGGUUAUCAAACUGAACACAAUGUGCCACACCAGCAAAGCUACCCUCAGCAAAGCUAUCCUCAGCAAGACUACUCUCAGCAGGAGUAUCGUGGUAAUGAUUCUACUCCACACAACUACGAGCGCCGGUACUAG